CAGCUGUGUGAGACCGGCGACCUGCCUCGCGAAACGCUCACUGUGGGAGCACCGCACAACCGCACAGGCGUGCUGGUUGGGUCCCAUCCAAGCAUGGAGUUACUCUGGUUGCUGUGUUCCAGGUGUGCUGCAGCGCAAUUGCCAGUGCGUCUGCUUCCUCUUCCGAGACAGAGGUCCUCAGCCGCGCCAGGCGCUUCAGCAUGGAGGGUAUCGUCACUUGCCUGGCCAUGAUCGAGUUCGCGGGCUUCCCUCAGCUCAUCACAGAGAUCGAGAAGGACUGUCAACCCCACGUCGACCAAGUGCUGAGGUACCGCGUCUGCGUCCUGGGCAAGAUCGCUCAUCUCGGCCCCGAGUACGUCGAGUGCGUGCUCAAGUCGUAGGAGAAAACAUGGCUGUUGUAUUCAAUAAAUGUGGUGUUUGGUCCAGAGUAACGGGAUUAUUGCAUUGAACGCCCCUCCGCCAGUGGCAGGCUGCCACCCUUCCGCAGCGCAGAGGGGCACACCCGACGCACCCGCCUCAGCCUCGGCCGCGCCCCACCCAUGGCGUCGUUCCCCCACCCUCCAUAUCUACUCGCAUUCUAAAACCACACGCGUCGCAUGAAGCAAGGUCAAGCCCCUUGCGCCGCGAAGCCGGCUAUUCCCCGACGCCAUAUCGUUAGGCCGAAGGAAAGUGGAAAGCUUAGCUUUCCAAUACUUGUUUUACAAUCAUGGUAUCUACAUUGAAUGGGCAAAAUGUUGCGGAUAUUCUUCAGUCAGAUAGUUUCAAGAAAAGUUUAAGAGAUUCGAAUUCAGAAAUUGUCCUCCAAUACAUCAACAAGAGGUACAUUAGUUUGAAUGACAGCGACUAUGCCAUUUAUGCUGAGCACUUGAAAACUGUGUUAACAAAGCUUGUCCAGCUCAUGAAAAAAAGUGAUGCACUCUUUAACAGUCUCUAUCUCAAAGAGCAUUUUGCAGGAAGUUAUCCUGACGGAUUGAAGAUUGGAAAACCAGAGGAAUAUGACAUGAAUAUGAUUAUUAGACUACCAGUUGAUCAUAGUAAACUUGAGUUUGAAACUGUUACUCCAUCCUUUAUCAUGAUAAAAGGUCAAAAGGCUUUUAAUGAAGGGUCAUCAUUGUCAACAGAUCUAUUACGCUGGGUGGAUGAUGAAGGCUACCUACUUCAAACAAAGUUUCGAGACUGGAUGGAAAGUGUAUUAACAAAAGCAUUUGAUGGUCUUCCCUUUCAUGAGAGUUCGGGAGGCAACACUCGUUGUCUUAAAGUUGGAAAGCAGGAUGGAGAAGAACAAGAGUACAAGAUUGGGUAUAAGAAGAGUGGACCGGCUAUGACCGUUAAAGUUGUAACACCUGAUAAUCUCUCAAUAGAUGUGGAUUUAGUACCGGCUUUCCAAUUUGGGCCCCCAAUUUGGCCUGACUCUGUUCUACCAUUACCAAAAAAUUGCAAUAAAAAGUCGUGGAUGGUUGUUCCAAAGCCCAAGAAGUUAAAGGAAUUUGAAGCCCCGGGACCCAAUGAUGCUCGGGAAUGGAGAAUGUCUUUCCUAGAUCAAGAAAGAGAGAUACUUAAUGGAACAGGGACUGUUAAACCCACCAUUAAAUUGCUAAAGAAAUUAAGAGACUCCACUAAAUUUAAGCUGUCAUCCUAUGCAAUUAAGUCAGUUGUUUUGAUGGAGAUGCAAACUCAAAAUUCUGAAUUCUGGAAACAACGCGGCACCUACAUAUUUUUAUUUAUGCUACAUCGCUUGACUGAACAUAUUAGAACUGGCCACAUUCCAUUUUAUUGGGAUGGGAAAGAUGACUUACUAAAAAUGAAAGAAGUAGAGUGCCAAAAUGUCAGCAACCGUUUUGGAAAAAUCCUCAAGGAUAUCAUUAAAGGAGUUGGAGAGAAUAAUCCAUACAUCAUAGCUGAGAAACUUUUGACGAAGGAGGAGCUGGCUGAAGUGAAGGAAAACUGUCAAGUUCCUAGUGGAGUUGCAGCUGCAGCAAAAAAUUCUGGCGACCCAAAAGCAACUAGUUCUAACUCAAUGAAGACCAAACCGGAUAGUGACAAUACUGUUUUAGCACAUAUUCUUGAAACUCUGACUAAAAUUCAAGAAGGACAAGAGGCUCUCCCACAUCGUUUGUUGCAGCUGCUUCCAAGUGUUCCAAGGAAUAUAGUACAUGAUCACACAAUUACCACCAGCUUGAACUCAAAUCAUGGAGAGUGCCAGAAGAAACAAGCCGAAUUGGAAGAGCGUAUAGCUAAUCUUGAGGAUAUUGUGAAGUUACUCAAACAGAAGUUGGACUCGUGCGCAAUUUAGAAAAUAUUUAAGUUUGAUCAGAAGUCACUCUCAAAAAAAUACUGUUUAAUGACACUCAUUGACAUCUUUACGUUUUUUUUUCCACAAUUCUGCACUUAGAUUAGGCUAAAAGAAUAGAAUAGAUAAAGUGAAAAAUCCAA